UCUGGUUUCGGACCCGACCCCAGCCCGGGCCCAGGCCCCAGCCCCAACAGAGCCCAAGAGGCUCCCAAGAGAGUCCGUAGCCAUUUUGGCUCAAGGACGCUGUGGCCCAAGACAGGUUUUGCGGUGCUCAGACGUCCACGCCCAGCGCUGGAAUCGUAAUCUCGCAACUGCAUCUUUUCCCACUGCCGGCGCCGGCGCGAAUAGCUAUGGGCGCCUGGAAAAGCCGGGGCCUGCGCUACUCCGAGGAGGCUGGCCACGGGGUCACGCGCGAGGUGCGUGUGGCCGGAGCCGGCCUUGAGGACGUGAACGGUGUCUACACGCUGGCCAGGGAGUUCGCGGGCGCAGAGAUGUUCGAGAAGGAUGGCGGGGGGUCCCCCUUGGGCAAGGUAUACAUCCGCCGCCAGGCGGAGGGCAUGCCUGGCGAUUGGGUCAUCACGCUGUCCGCUGACGCGGACAGCGUGAGAAGUGAGCACCUGUACAGGCGGACCGAAGUGAGAAAGGAGCAGGUCUUCCCGCCGCUCCUCGGCUGGAAGCCGUGCACGGCAGCCGAUGGCGUGCUCGAGCGCCACGUGGAUCAGCUCUCCAAAGGCCUGCCGAAGCUCGAGUAUCACAACGUCAUGGCGGAGAGGGGGCGUGGAUUGAUGUCUCCGCUGGAGGAGUGGGACCAGCAAGACACCAGCUCGAGCCUCGAGGUGUGCGUCGUCGGCGCGAGCAACAUUCCCGAUUCCUACGCGUCCAAGCUCCACUGCACCUUCCAGGUGCCCGGUAAGGACGAGAUCAUGGAGUCUGGCGCCGUCGCCAAUUCUACAGACCCAGUGUGGAGGUUCAAGGCUCCCCUGAAGAGCUGGAGGCAUCCGGAUCCUUUGCAGUUCACAGUGUUCGCGAACAGUAAUAUCAAGAUUGGGGAAACCACGCUGGACUACACCGCAUUCCGCGAGACAGGCUUUGUUGGAAAGCUUCCUUUGUCGUUGUUUGGAUCUGACGACCCAAACGCGACGGUGAAUGUCUGCGUCACCAGGCCAGGGCAGCUUAUACCGGGCGUCGAUGUCGUGCUCAAGAAAGAGUUGGACGCGAAGAUCGGCAUCGAGGUUGCCAUCGAGUCGAAGACAUCCCUGUCCAUAGUCAAGAUCGCGGAAGGAGGGCUCAUUGACAGAUGGAAUGGUGACCACCCUGAGCAGCGCAUCCAUCUACGCGACAUCAUCACCGAGAUCGACGGGACGCGAGGGACGUGCUACGACCUGCUGUCGAGGCUAGCAGUCCAGGAUGAGCCGAGGACCAUCCAGAUAAAGGUUCAGCGUGCCAGCAGGGUUGAAGCAUAGGUAUAUCUACUGAGCCACAAGUGUUCAUCGAGGUCUGCCUCGUUUUUACAAUCUAUGGGUGUAAACGUAGAUUCAGAGCCGCGGAAGGCAUGGCGGUCCAGACUUUGUUUACAGUACGUACUACUGGUCUGCAGUUCUGUUUGCGACGUCCUCGUGGCAUGUGCGGCGUGCAAGCUUGAUAUGCAAUAUUUUGUUCUCACACACGUACAGACAUACAUCUAUAAUUACUGCAGAGCGAUAAGGAAAAGGAGGAGGGGGAGACUGCCUGGUCUGGAACUGGUGUUUCAAGCUGUGGGCCGCCGCAUAAUUAGGUCUUUGGUUGACCCUUUCAGGCGUCCGCGCCACCUCUUUACCGCCCCCAUGUCCUCCACCCUCAAGGACUUUGCAGCCGUGGCCUUCAGAUCAGGUAGGAUCCCCUGCCGCGAAGAGUCACGCGGAAGAGUGGGCGGCACGCCAGUCGUGCGCAGGGACCCUUGCCGCGGAGAGUCACGCUACAGUGCGGGCGUCGCGCCAGUCGUGCGCGUUCAUCCCGUGCAUGUCAUCUCCAUGCGGGCUCUGCGAGCUCGCGCGGUUGGGGGGAAAAA